AUGAAAUUUCUUUUCAUUCUUAUCAAUCUCUGUGUUGGAUGUCAAGCAAAUACUCUUAUAAAUACGAAUUUUUCAACCGCAUGGGCUAAUUUUAUACAAGAUCCUCAAUUAUCAUAUGCUACAUAUUCGAUUACUAUUCUUGAUAAUUCUACAGGAAAUAUUACAUUUUCAUUUAAUAAAGAUGUUGGUCUUGCACCUGCAUCAACUCUAAAAACUGUAACCGGUGCAGCUGCACUACAUUAUUUGGGUAAAGAUUAUCGAUACAAAACAUUAUUAGAAUAUUCAGGAAAGAUCAAUUCAUUUGGUAUUUUGAAUGGAUAUAUUUAUAUUGUUGGAAAUGGUGAUCCUAGUUUAGGUAGUUGGCGAUGGAAUGAAACAACAGGUGAAGUAAUUAUACAACGUUGGGUGAAUUUAAUUGCUGAAAAAGGUAUAAAACAUUGCCGAGGAAUCGUACUGGAUUUAAGUGCAUGGGCAGGUCAAACACAAACAGUACCAAGUGGGUAUACAUGGGGAGAUAUAGGAAACUAUUAUGGUGCAGGUAGUAGUGCAUUGAAUUGGCGUGAAAAUCAAUUUCGUCUUAUUCUUUCACCUGGUCUGGCUGUUGGCGAUCCUGUUACUCUCGUGUUUAUUGAUCAUCCACCACCAUCAGUAACAUUUAUUAAUGAACUUAUUACUGGACCUUCAGGUACUGGAGAUCUUACAAGUUUAUAUUUAGCUCCUGAUGGAACCUAUGGUUAUUUACGUGGCUCAUUAGGUAUUGAUUCAUCAAAAAAUUUUUCUAUUGGUGGUGCUGUACCUAAUUGA